AUGACGCACCUCAGGGGGCCACUGGCAUUACGCCCUGGGUUGUCGGUGCUAUCUUUACAAUUUGCUAGCCAGAUUGUCGCCCUGCCGCCAUCCGCAAGCCUGCUCGCUGUGAAAGCUGCAACACCUUCCGGCAGUAGGGGAUAUGCCAAUCAAGGUAUAAUAGACAGCCCCAACUUCCACGAAAGGGCCAAGGUGGAAGGAAUAACGCCAAGUCAGCUUCGCAGCAACUUACAAAGCGAAAAGGACGUCUUGCUCUCAGGUCUUCCUAUCACCGCUACUCCAGCCGACAUCCGCGCUCUCGCCCGCGAGAGCAAGACCGCCAACGAUAUAGGACGCAUCGAGUUCAUCUAUCUAAAGUCGCUCGUCCCCAGCAGCAAGGCGCUUGUCUCCUUCUCCAGCCCUGUCCGCGCUCGCACGUUUGAGGCAGAUGCGCACGGCCGCAUCGUCGGCGGCAAGUAUCUCAAUGCUAGCCUCCGCUCCGCCAAUCAGCGCAAGCGCCUCCUCAUACAUACCUACGGACUCUGGCCCGCCGAAUAUCAACUCGCUUUUGAUCUUAUCGAGUAUGAGACCGGCAAGCUUGUCCUUCUUCGCGGCAUUCCGCAAGAUACUUUCGAAGCGCGCUUGGAGGAGCGUCUCGCCAACCGCUACGAUCUUAAGCCGCAGGAUCGAUGGCGUGGCAAACGUUGCUCUUACGCCGGAUAUUCCUACGAUACCAGGGGCCACGGAGGCAGUCACGAUGCCGUGCUCGGCGGUGUCUUGAAGCUGCCCAGGCUCCACUUGGAUGCCACCACCACCAGCUUCAUCGCGCGCUGCCAGACGCAGUCGGAGGCGAUGCGCCUGGUCCGCAGAUGGCACAACACCUAUUUCGCCCCUGCCACUUUCGACAUCCAGGACACUGCCGGACGAUACCGUGUCUCUGCUUCCAUCCUCUACUGA